AUGAUUGCAUGGAUUAAACUGCCUGAUUGCUUGGAUGAUUCUCAGGAGUUUACCAGAAAUGGCAACGAAGCUUACACGCCAAUCAGAGACGAUCUGUUUAAUACGAUCACCAAAACCUCUGAUGACCAGGCGGACUUUAUGCACCUUGUUGACAUCCUCAAAUGUUCCCAAAGAUUCUGUGGAGGAAACAAUGUCGACUGCGCACCCGGAUAUUACAGCUACGUGAAAGGCGUCUGCCGAUGUGUGUGCCCGGAUGAAUACGACUUUGCUACAAACUGCAAGACACUGAUAAACGGACCCUCAUCAUUAGCUCAAUGGCCAAACACACCAAUUGUUGUCCUAACCGGCAGUCCCUCGAACAGCUGCCCAACAGGAUUCGAUCCCACGCCUGGCUGGUUCUCAUUUACCGGAACAAACGGCAUCACUGUCAACCCCUCCGUCCCCGAGUACUUCCCCAAAUUUGGAACCACCAGCAAUGUUCCCGUCUGCACCAGAAACUUACCUGCAGGAACCACGGCUGACUGGGAGUCCUGGCCACCUGGUGGUCAAUACUGUUUCAUUAAACCUGCAGGUGUAAACUGUGGGGGAGCUUUUGAAGAAUCAGGAGGAGUUGCACAGUCAACAGUGCCAAUUACAACCAACGGUUCUAUUGGUGACAUCACAGUUGUCAAUGGUAACCUGACAAUCAAAGUGUGCUGCAGAAAUCAGGAACCCUCUGAGCUCCCCAUAGAUCUUCCAAACGACAAGCCAUUUAAGCUGUUAUCUUGGGGUCAGAAUUGUCCCAUUGUUAGAGGAAUGAAGGCCUAUGUAGCUAAAAUAGACUUUUGGACAGAUAUUAGUGAUGUGCUGAACACAUCAUUUAAACUUUUCUUCUCCUAUCCUCACCAACUAACGGCGUAUUUGUGCCACUUCCACCCAGGACAGUACGGUUGUAAUGAGCAGGUAACUCUGGAUGGCAACAAGCGCUCUGUGAACAUACAGACUCCAACUCUACCUACAUUAUACAAUGAACCGUACCGAAGAUGCAUUUAUGCGUUUAGCGCACCAACAUACUCCCAGAUUUUGAUAACGUUUCACAGAUUUAGAUUGCAUACAAAUAACGAUGACUUUCUGGUAAAGAGAUAUCACCCGUGGCAGAUGGCUUACAAAGUUGAUAAUUCAAACCCCCCUGCACAUAUUCUAAGUGAAGGGAACUAUCUUUCUGCGGAAGCUUUUCUUGGGAAAACCAGUGAAUACUACUACUUUGUCAACUUUACGGCGCAAGUCAUACUACCCGAGGACUACUGCUAUGAUCCUACAACAAAUGGCGCGGACUACCGAGGAAAAACUGCCAUUUCUGAAACAUACGAGCCAUGUAUAGAGUGGUCAAAGGCUGUCAAUUGCUCAAACUUUCCCAAGUCAGACCAGAUGGCGAACAUUUUGUCCGGCAACCAAUGUCGUAAUCCAGACGGCCGUAGAGGACCUUGGUGCUACACUUACAUCAAUGGGACCAACUGCAACAUUCGUUAUUGCGAUGCUUGCAAUUUCAAGAAGCCAGUUGAUUCCAACUCUAAAUGCGCCACUCUUGUAAAAAGUACUUCAACCUUCUGCACGUCCGUACAGAGAUUUGCCUGUUUUGUUUCCUGCAACUUUACAGUACAGCCUACAACUCGUGCUUCCUGUGGUCCCCCUCCCAUCCCCAAAGACGGGAAGGAGACCGAGCCACUGAAAUCUUCAUACAAGGAAGGCGAAAAGGUCCAGGUCACGUGCACAUCGUCUGGUGCCACAGAACUGCCCAGUGACAUGUACUGUACCUCAUCGGGGUGGACACUUCUAAAAUACGCAUGCGCAAACACAUGUGAAGACAAAGUGGACACGUGUGAAAGUGUGAUGACCGUGACGCCAACUUUCUGCGUUAAUCAGAAUACUAAUGAGACUGCGCGGUCGUCCUGUUCCAAGUCUUGUGGAUUCUGUCCAUCUGUCGUCUUGACCUGCUCCACCCCCACCAGCACCACCUACACCAGGACGUCUGCUCUAGCUACCAUCAAACCAGGUCAGGUCAUGACCUUCACCUGCAAUGCUGGCCAGUACUACGUGUCAGGAGAUCUCAGCAGGGCGUGUUCUAUCUCUGGGAACUUGCUGGGAACUGAACCUGUCUGUCAAUCAACCCCUGUGCCAAGUGACGUGAACUUGAACUCUGUCAGGAGAAGAUCGAACGUCCUACCUGUUAAUACAGUUAUAAUUAUAGACAAAGAUGGCUACAGAAUCCCAUUCAACGGCAACAUAACAACCUGGUACUACUUCUGUCAAACCGCUGGAACUGUGUACUUCACUGUGUACAGGAAAAGUGGAACCACAUACUCUCUAGUGGGCUACAACACCGUGAGCUGCUCAGCUGACUUCAAGUGGGGUUCGGACAUAGCAGCUGCCAGCCAGAUCGCCGUUCUGAAGGACGACAUCAUCGGAGCGUUUACACUGACCUCCAGCACGCUCAGCGUCAACAUCUGUUCAAAAAGUGUGGAGAAGAUCAUGGUCCUGCCUGUCGCCACCAACGUAGGUGGCGCCACCAGCCUGUCCUCGGCCAAGUUCACCACUACAGCCUGCUAUAUUAUGUCGUUAGGGUGUAGGGUCAUUCCAGCAUCACCAACAGCAAAAUGGCCGAACACACCAAUGGUCGUCUUUGCUGGAGGACCCUCUCACAGCUGCCCAACAGGAUUCGAUCCCACACCUGGCUGGUUCUCCUACACCGGGACCAAUCCCAUUAGUCUCAAUGAGGCUCCACCGCAGCUGUUCCCCAGGAACAACAACACCAGCUACGUUCCCGUCUGCACCAGAAACUUACCUGCAGGAACCACACCUGACUGGGAGUCCUGGCCACCUGGCGGCGUUUAUUGCGUCAUUAAAUCUGUCAAUGUUACCUGUGGGGCAGGUAAAAUAUCUGUUAGAAGCAUGUUUCUUUUUACUUUGGGCUGUGCAUUGAAUGAUGGUCUAAUUAAAAUCUAA